AUGCUCCUCAGCCACCGCCUAUUGCCACCACAGACCAGUACCAAAUUACAAUAUGCGUCCCUCUGGCACGUUCUGAAACGAUGUUAUUCUAAUCGCCCGUGGACCAAGGAAGAAGAUGCUGGACUUAGCCGGAUAUGUGGUGACGUUAUCAAAGCUCUCCCAGCUUGGGUCGCCACGACUAGCGUAACUCAGCUGCUGGACCGCGCUCUCAAGCGGGCCCUGCGACAGCGGCAAGAAGAUGGUGUAGCAGUUUUCGAGGGAAGGGACGUGAACGAGAUGUUGGUCAGGCUACGCGACCUCGGCCUGGAAAAUCGAGAGGUGGAUAGACGGUGGCUGACGCUUCUGAAGCGACGGAUGUCUCAACUCAGUAGAGAGACUCCUCCCAACGGUGAGUACGAUCCAGAGUAUGUAGCCACAACCAUACUCGCGCCAGUGGGCAAGAAGACGAGCAGUGAGCUUCCAAGCCUGUCUCCAGUCGCCUUCACCUACUUCCUACAAAUAUGUUCUCUUCAACCACGAAUAUCACGUAUCAUGAUGGACUAUGUCAUCCAGCAUCUCAGUCUCUCUGAGGCCAGCUUUGGAGGAGAUGUUAGAGCCGCAGCGUUCUAUCAUAACCAAGCGGUUGCUAUUAUUCGACAGCAGGCUAAUGCCAUUGCCGAUUCAUAUGUCAAUUUCAAGCGUGAGCUCAAAAUAAACGUUGUCCUCCGUGACGUCCUCAGCUCUACCUCUGAAGUGCGCUUCCUCCUUGAUAUUGGUCAAGGCAAGUACAGCUCGAGUCACUACUUGGACGACAGCCGUAUGUGGAACUAUGCUCGAGGAGAUGUGUUUCUCAUAGGCCGAUCACAUCCCGAUCAGCUCACCACUCUGGACUUCCUCGGCUCGUGUGCGAAGGUCUAUAACGACUCGCGAUAUUUCGCUUACCCUCGUUUGCGGAUAUCCGCCGACACCCCCCUGGCAAAGCAGACUAUUACUGUUAACUGUGCUGCCUGCGAGCAGUCCGAGCUGAGAGUGAGUGCCGAGAGCCAUCUCGAAGGCAGGACUGAGCUACGAUGCAAGUGUCAUAGUUUCGGCCGGAGACCCCGUGCACAGCAGCCAGUGCAGUUCCCGACGGAUGAGCUGUGGCUUGGGAAGUUGACCAGAGUCUCUCGGAAUGGGAAUCUCGGUGAGAUACGUCUCAAGGUUUUUCCAGCAUCACCCGAGGCUCUGACUGAGGUCCUGGGCUCCCAGGAUCAGCAUAACGAGCGCACUAAAUCUGCCUCCACUGCGAUCACUGCGUUCACAGUAGCGAUAGAUAAUGGCCAAAUAGACUGGCUCUGCGUCCCUGUGACGGCCAAUAUACCACAAGUUAGCAGUCGGGAGCUAUCAGCUGUGUUCGCCGUGAGCAGCAAUGAUAUGGCUUCUGUCCAGCCCACUCCUGUGGACCUCGAAGGCCUCACCGAAUCACAGAAGUCGGCAGUUCGAGCCGCCGUCUCGUCCCGUCUUACGCUAAUACAAGGGCCUCCAGGCACCGGGAAGACAUUCGUAGUGGUCGCUAUUGUCAAGCAUUGGCUCAAGACUAAUCCCGAGUUCCCGAUACUGGUAUGUGCUGGAACUCAUGCAGCUCGAGCACUACUCCAUGCCCAGCUGGAGGCUCAGGGUAUUUCAGUGACGCCACCUCCCGUCUACAGUGGUAUUGAGGAGGAGAACAACCGAGGCGCUGAACAAGUUAUACUACUCGGUGAUGAUCGCCAGCUUUCGUCUGUUAGUGGAGGCCUCAGCCUUUUCGAUGAACUACUUGAUUCUAACUUGGGACCGCCUAAGCUCCUCCGCGAGCAGUUUAGGAUGCACCCUGAAGUGGCGGCAUUCUCAAGCCAGCACUUCUAUGACCAUCAGCUUACCAGUCACCCAAGCUGGAAGUCAAAGUUUUGGCCCCCUCUAAUGUUGCCGCAUAUCUUCGCAGAUCGAGUUGUCUCUGUUCAUGGCAGUCGUGUUGUCUUUGUAGACACCGGGGGGGCCACCCGAGAGGCUUUCGACAAGGGUUGUGACAGCUACUAUAAUGUACAGGAGGCGGACGCAGUUAUCCAGACAGUUGACUCCCUGCUCGCCACGGGUGCUGAUGACUCCGAUAUCGGAGUGGUGACGCCCUACGCAGCGCAGAGAACUUAUCUGAGGCGCCAGUUGCAUCUCAUUCCUACUAAUAUUGUCGAUGGUGCCUACGCUGACAGUGAUCAUCGCAAGUGCAGAGAGCUUGGUCCUAACACAAGUAUCCCUGACCCCAUUGUAGAUUCAGUUGACGCCUUCCAAGGCAGUGAACGAUCCUGGAUCGUAUUCUCGGCGGUUCGAAGUAACCCUGAGUACUCGGUAGGCUUCCUGAAUGACUAUCGUCGUGUGAAUGUGAUGCUCACUAGAGCUCGAUAUGGAGUCAUAGUCGUAGGAGAUCGAAGCACUCUGCAGGUUUCAGAGCCUUGGAGGGCAUGGCUCAGCUGGGUAUACGACAAUGGCACGGUCGUUCGACUAGACAAGGAGAGCCUGAGUCGAAUAGCUGCGACUCGGAUGCCCAAUGCCAGGCGAAUCCGCUUUGCAAUGGACCGUUGGGAUCUCGGUAUUUCGAUGGAAGCGGCCUAUGGGAAGGUCCAGAAUUUGCGUCCCCUCGCAGAGGCCUGUGUCUGGGCAGCUACUAGCGAGUACAAUACUGUUGAAGUACAGCUGGAGGAGAGGACCGGAAAUGUGAUUCAUUGUCUAUGCACAUGCUCCGAUGCCAGGAGGCAUCAUGGUCGGUGUGCUCAUGCAGCUGCCCUUGUCAUCAGAGUGCGGCAAGUAGCCUUGGGCAUGACGCGGCAAUACUCUCAGUCUCAGUUUCUCCUCCAACGGGAAGCGCCGAUGAGUAUAGGAAUUCAAACUCAUUCAUACGUACACUGACUUCUGUUGAUUUGACCUUGUUACUCGUU